UGGUGGGUGUUUAGAUUAGAAACAAUAUUUGCACAUGUAAAUUUGAGACUUUCGCUUCGUUUUAGUGUAACCAAUUGUCCUCGCUGCAAGCCUUGAUGCCUUGGGUUCUUCCAUAGAUUUUAGGGGGGAGGGGACAUUGUACUCUGGAAACACUUGUUGGAUGGGGUUAUGAGAAAUUCCUCACUCAGUGCAAACUCUGUAAUAGAAAGGGUUUAUAUAUUUUUAAAUCAGAGCUUUUCGAAAUAGAAUCUGACUCUGUUUUUCCCCUCCAAUCUCACUGGUCGGUUUUUACCGGGAUGAUAGGCAUUCUUCAGAACAGUUUUAUUUUGUUUAAGGGAUUCUUAGACCCAAGCAAUCAUCAUCAUUAAAAUAACUUGGAACUAUUAUCAGUUCUUCCUUUGGUGUUCAGCUUGAACUCAAAAGGAAAAAGAAAAAACCUAAAAAAGAAGGAAAAAAGCUGAGUUGACUAGAGUUAAAAUAUUCAGAAGAAAGAAUGUUGUUUUGACCUAAUUGUGUCACGAGAUUGAGAAACAAACCUUAUCCCUUGGCCAUGUAAAUUUUCCACUACCUUGUGUUCCUUCCAGGUUCAGUAUUCAAAAGGAGUGAUUUGAACUCUGACCACUCUUUUUUACAUUAGAUAUGAGUCUGGCUACUUACAACAGACUGGCUGGGUCAGCUUUGCUUUCAUUAUAUUUAUUCUGUUGAUAAAUUUAGCUCCUGAGUUUUCACUUUUCUCUCGUGAUAUAAGAAAAUGUAGAUUUUCUCUUUCAGUUUGAGUUUUCCUGCCCAUUAUUUCAUUUAGUAAAACCGUCAUGCCAGAAGACAAGUUUUAGGAAAGGGAUUUAAACUUUAUUUUUUCAAUGAGAACCAUAAAAACAAGGCUUGUUUGUCUUACCAGAAAGUCAGAUAUUAAGAAUUCUUCACUGCCUUUAUCAGCAUCCCUGCAAGUAGCAUAUUUUGGAGGGUGUGUUCUAUUUCAGAACAACUAGGAAAAAAUAACCCUAGUUAACACUUAUUUUAUCAUGCAGAAUUAGGAGUAGUUAGGUUUCCAGUUAUGUCGGUGUUGAUUCAUUUCGUUGCUUUCCUACAGAGCAAACAUGAAUGUUGGAGUUGCCCACAGUGAGGUGAAUCCAAAUACCCGGGUAAUGAAUAGCCGGGGUAUCCGGGGUAUGUGGCUGACAUAUGCAUUGGGAGUUGCUUUGCUUCACAUAGUCUUACUCAGUAUUCCCUUCUUCAGUGUUCCUGUUGCUUGGACCUUAACAAAUGUUAUACAUAAUUUGGGGAUGUAUGUAUUUUUGCAUGCUGUAAAAGGAACACCUUUUGAAACUCCUGACCAGGGUAAAGCAAGGCUCCUAACUCAUUGGGAACAACUGGACUAUGGAGUACAGUUUACAUCUUCACGGAAGUUUUUCACAAUUUCUCCAAUAAUUCUAUAUUUUCUGGCAAGUUUCUAUACGAAGUAUGAUCCAACUCACUUCAUCCUAAACACAGCUUCUCUCCUGAGUGUGCUCAUUCCCAAAAUGCCACAGCUACAUGGUGUUCGGAUUUUUGGAAUUAACAAGUAUUGAAAAGUUUUAAAACUGAAGAAAAAAUUUUUACAGCUACUGAGUUUCCUGUAAGGAAGGAGUGGUUAGUAAACUGCACUGUUUCUAUGAUAGUAUGAAAUGAGAAGUAUUUAUAUUGGAGAGCCUAUUGCUGGUUCCUCGUAUACUGUUUUGAAGUGCAGAGUUUUACUAGAGGAUGCCUGUGUUUAAUGCAUCUGGUAUAUUUCUGAAGAGAGGCUUUAUAGGUAUGCUGGGCAGGCCCAGCUUAUAAGUUAAAUGGCUAUAAAGUGAGGGUGUACUAGAUAAAUCCAAGGAAAUGAGAGAUUUAUAAGAAACUAAGACUAGCUUAGUUUAUAAUGAAUGGGCAUUAUGUUAAGAGAAAAAACUUUCCAAUCAUUCAGUCAUGGUCAGUUUAAGCUGACUUAACAUGUAAACCAAAAUCAUCUCUUUACAAGUUUACUGUAGAUUGUUUUUGUUACCAUACAUACUCCUCUUGUGCUGUAUAAGAGGAUAUAUACUUUCUUGUUUAUACAAGCCAAUUCCUACCUUAUGAGUGUGCUUUUUUUUUUUUUUCAUUUUGCUGGCUCAACAUUGUGUGUUGAUGGAUGAGAUCAUUUUUACAUUUAUUAAGUUACUGAGUUCAUGAAGGUCCAUGUUCAUGACUGAUUGGUGAUAGAAGAUAGGCAUCUUACAAAUAGCCUCUGAGUAAGCCUUCUAAUUUUGAAACAAAGUGGGUUUUGCUGCCUUUGCAGACACAAGGCUGCUAAACCAAUUAAGAAAAUAAUUUAUUUCACACAGUUAAAGUACAUGGUAAUUUAAAAGUCUAUGCUUAUUUGAUUGAGCAAUCUAAUUAUUUAAGUCAGUCGUUCUUUAGAAAAGGAAAUAUAAAAUGGACAAAUUAUAUAGCCAACUUGUGGUUUGGCAGCAACUGCUUCUCUAGCAAUAGUGCCAAAAUAAAUAAUGGAGUCUUUUUUAGUAGGUCUGCAGUAAAAGAUAAUAUUAUAUUUUCUUAGUCCUUUCGCCCUCAAUCCCCAUACUUUCCCAAUAAUAUUUGGACUUUCAAUACAUGAGUCUUCAUGUAGAUAACCCAAUAUGGUAACUAUUUCUAAAGUAGCAGCCAUACUGAAUUCUUGUAACUUAGAGGAGCUUCCUAUAGUUGCUGAAAUUAAUUGCAAGAAAUAACUAUAUACAACUUUGAAAAGUAAAUAUUCCCAAAAAACAAAGUUCUGAUACAUGAUGAAACUGAAAAACCUAGUAACAUUUGUAAACAAAAUUGAAUGAAAAGCAUUAUAGCAUCAACUUAAAAAUCAAUUUGUUUCAAUAAACUGACUUUUGGGGAUAAUGAUCAAUGUUUUAUAUUUCAAAAGUAUUGACUUUAGAAAUCAGUUGUAUGAUAAUGCCUUUGUAUAUUUGUCUUUCCCCAUGUAUUUUUAAAUAACGAGUAACCUACACUUCAAUAAAAUUUUUCUUUGGUAUAGGACUAUUGCAGAAUCUCUAAAAUUUAGUCAUCAAUGUUAUACUUUAUUUUUCAAGGGUUAUUUUAAGCAACUGAAUUUGUAAAAAAUUAAGGUAGUUAAAAAUAUUCCUUUGUUUUCCUUCAUUAUUAAAGUUUAUCUCAAAAGGC